AUAAAAAACUAUAAAAACAUGUUUUUUUAUAUGCCUAUAGGUACAUACUUACCUAUCCAUAAUAUGAGGAUCUACAAGAAGAAGGACGGGAGUCGUGCUUAUUGUUCACAUUUAGAAACUCAGUUGUCAGCGGCUUUUUAAUGUUGCCGGAAGGGUACUAUAAGUUUGCUAAAAGGAUCUGAAAAAUUUAAAAUUCCAUACGGGACAUUGCACAACAGAAUGAAAGGUAAACAUGGAAAAAAAGUUGGACAUCCAGUUGCACUUUCUUUAAAUUGCGAGAGCCACCUUUUGAAGGUAAUAAACGUUCUUUGUGAUUGGAAAAUGCCUCUUGAUGGAUUAGAUACUCGUUUAAUGGUCAAACAUUAUUUCGAUCACUCCAGUGUUAAAAAUAGACAGUUGAACAACAAUUUACCAGGGUUCGAUUGGAUGCUAAGUUUUAUCAAACGCCAUAAGCUGACAACACGCAUUGCUGACAAUGUAAAACCUUCACGCGCAGAGGUUUGUGGACAAACUGUGAACGGUUACUUCGAUGAAUUAGCAAAGAUAUAAGAAAGUGUUGAACCCUGUAACAUUUAUAACUAUGACGAGACUAAUCUUUCGGAUGACCCUGGCACAAAUUUGAUCAUAUGCAGAUAAGCACUUAAAAGAGUCGAACGCAAAAUGCAACACUCAAAGAGUUGUGUAAGCAUCAUAUAUUGUGGAAAUGCUAUUGGAGUAUUCCUACCACCUAUGGUAGUAUAUCAGUCUCAAAAUAUUUAUCAAAAAUGGACCAGAGGUGGCACAGAAGGAACUUGUUAUGACAACACAAAGUCAGGCUGGUUCGACUCAAGAACCUUUGAACGCUGGUUUCUAGAAAUAUUUCUUUCUAACGUUAGUAAAGAUCAUGGACCAAAAGUUAUCAUUGGUGACAAUCUUGCCUCUCAUUUUUCUCUUCCAGUCAUUGAGGCCGCUUAACUGAAUAACAUUCGUUUCACCUGUUAGGUACCAAAUGCAAGUCAUCUACUUCAACCAAUGGAUGUCGCAGUUUUUAGAUCCACGAAGAAAGAAUAAAAGAGAAUCCUAGAAUUUUAGCGAAAAGAAAGUCGCAUCAAAGGUACAAUAGCAAAGACACAUUUUCCUGGAUUAUUAUUGUUGAAGUUGCACCGAAGACUAAAAGAACAAAACCUGAUUUCUAGCUUUUCGGCUUGCGGAAUAUCUCCACUAAACAGAGAUGAAGUCUUGAAAAGACUGCCAAAUGAGAAACGAGAUGUUGGUGGUGAAAAGGUUAAAGAAAUCUUUAGCACGGUUGUUCAGGAAAUGCUAAAAGAUCAUUGUGGAUUCAAUAAACCGGACAAACAAACACAGAAGAGAGGAAAAAAGAUAAUUUCUGGUAAAGAAAUAACAUCAAAUGAUCUCAGUGUGAUCAAAGAAACAAAAAAACGAACACAGUGUAGUGGUACUGGUACAAAAUUGGUUGUCAAAAAAAAAAACGAUUAAAUAAAAAAAUUCAGUCUUCAACAUAUUCAGAUAAUGAUUCUGAAAUUGAAAUGGAACUUCAAGAUAACAGUGAAGACUCUUUGGAAUCAGCUGAUAAAACAACUGACAUUCCAUUUGAACCAAAGCAAUGGGUAGUUGUAGCCUACACCGGGAAGAAAUCUGUUGUCAAUGACAUUGGUCAGGUUGUUGAAGUGUUCGAGAGAAUAAAACUGCUUCAUAUUAAAUUUUUGAAAAAACAAUCGGCGAGUAAAUUCUUCAAAUUUAUGGAAAGUAAAGAUGAUAUGGAUGAAGCUGUUCCAUAUUCUGCUGUGGUUGGAAGAAUUUCAGAUGAACCGAGAAAAACAAGGGAUCAAUAUUGGUUGCCAUACCUGUCUCACCAAGUCAUCAACUAAAAUCAAAAACUUUUGAUAAUUUAUAAAUUUGAGUUUGAUAUAGUUUGAUAUUUUUUGACAUUUUUUCAACCAAUUUUGUAAUCUUUUGGAUAGUAUUAGGUGUACUAGGUCUAUAAAUCUUUUUUAUAAUCCUAAAAAACUAUCAAUGAAACCCUGUGAUGACUUAACUUGAUAUUUGAUUGAAAUAACAUUUACUAUCAAAGUAACCCCGACAUGCGGGGUUACAUUGAUAACUGUUUGGGCUGUAAAAACAAAUACAACACAAAUUCUGAUAUAUCUAAAAAGCAUUUUUUCCUGUUAAGAUUAGAUCAUUUGGUAUAUUCAAACCAAAAACAACAGCAAUUCAUUAAAAUUAUAUCAACACUUUUAAAAAAAGCACAAAAAUCUAUUAAAGUAAACCCAGUUGACGGUAUCUUUUACUUUUACACAUCUUUUUGUAAGUAGUUAAUAGAGAAUUUACAACAAUUAGUAGAUAGUUAGGCAUUUAAAAUAUGUCUACUAAACUAAUAGCUACUUGUUCAAGCAAUAUGUUCUUUAUAAAUACAACUUUAUUCUUUUUUUUUUUAAAUAUUGUUUGUGUUUAAGUGUACUUUUCUUGUUAGGGACAUUAGGAUUAUUUAAGAUUUCUUGUAUUAAGUGUUUAAACAGAGAUUCCUCGUUAUAUUUUUAUAUGGAUAACAAAAUUAAUUGCUGCUUUGUAAAUAAUUAUGGAGCUUGUUAUAAACAAUCAUAUACUCAAGUAAGAAAUCUGAUUGAAGAUAUUGACAGCAAUGAUCGUAAGCUACUUGAAAAACGAACAAAUUUGAAACAAGAACAAAUUACAAAUAUAUACACACACCAUCAUGAUAUAUUAGUUGUAAGAUAUGAGGGUAAUCAGAAAAAUUGCUGUAAUUCAUUUCUGAGUCACCAAAAGGUGUGUAGAGCAUCUCUACGUGUGAUUACAACGCAUACUGUGUUAGAAGCAGAAACCAUAGUUUUAAAUCUUAUACCUGGAAAAAAAACCAACCUGUCGAAGUAAAGUUAUGACACGCUUAUCGAAAAGUAUAAGUGAAAAUAAAAAUGAUGAAGAUUUUGAUAUUGUUAAUAAAAGAUCCAUUAAAAAUAAAAAAAAAAGUAUAGACACACACUUUGCAUCUGCCGGAGUAUCUCCAGUUAGGGUUAAAGGAUUGCACAAGUCAGGUAAAAUCAGAGAAGCUAAACGAAAAUUGACAGCAUUAACAACCUCUAUUAAAAAAAAAGGUUGCCAUUUCUCUUAAUAUAUCAGAUGAAAGUUUUGAAGAACAGUCAAGUUUUAAUAAUGAGUAUAUGGAAUAGGCAAACUUUUUUGAUAAGAUGAUGGUUUUGUUAACUAACAAAAUUGCAGAGUCUACAUCAACAUCAUAAAAAGUGCAAUUUGCGACACUUGCUCCAAGAGACAGGUCAAUAAAAAAGGUAUCUGAAACAUUGCAUGUAACAAACUAUGUAGCUCGAACUGCACGUAAGUUAACAUUAGAAAAAGGUAAUUUAACCAUGCCAAUUCCUAAUUUAGGAAAAGCUCUUCCUGAUGUAACAGUUCAACUGGUCAAGACCUUUUACGAAGACAAUGAACAUAGCCGUAUAAUGCCUGGUAAAAAGGACUAUGUAAGCAUAAAGAAAAAUGUUCAGAUGCAAAAACGUUUGCUCUUAUGUAAUUUAAAAGAAUCGUUUGUUGCCUUUAAAACCAAAAACCCAAAAAUAAAAAUAGGAUUUUCAAGGUUUUGCACCUUGCGACCUAAAUGGUAUAUUACUGUUAGUGCCUCAGGAACACAUUCUGUAUGCGUCUGUGCUAUUCAUCAGAAUUUGAAACUGCUUUUACAUCCUCUUGUUGUGACAUGCAAAGAAUUGUUACCUUAUAUUGUCUGUGAUAUAACUAAUAAAGACUGUAUGAUGAGGAUAUGUGAAAAAUGCCCAGCAACUAUGAAUGCAUUGGUUGAAAAACUUUAUGAUUUACUUGGAGAAUUUGAAGAGGAUGAUGAGAUUGAAUUUGAUCAAUGGUCAACAACAGAUAGGUCCAAAUUGACACAUAAUAAUGAGCCAGUGUUUGAGUGAACUAGUAUGUAGAAAACUGGAAAAACUUGCACCACAUUCGUAUUUAGCAAAGAGUCAAGCAUUAUACCUGAGAUCAAGAAAGGAUGUUAUGAAUGAGGUAACAGCAUUAUUUCUGGGUGAUUUUUCAGAAAACUAUAAAUUUGUAGUUCAGGAUGAAGUGCAAAGCUUUCAUUGGACAAAUUUACAAUGUACACUUCAUCCAGUGAUUAUUUAUUUCCAAAAAAAGGCAUUCUCAAGCACAAAUCCUAUUGUAUUAAUUCGGAUGAUAUAAUCCAUGAUGUGAACAUGGUUUUUAAAAUUGUUGAGGUUGUUUGCAAUGAUAUAAAAACAAAUUUGCCUCAAAUAAAAAAUAUUGAAU